CCAUGGUGGGACUGCUGGCGCCUUUCACCUGCGACUCGCUGGCCACGUCCCGCCAGCGGGCAGGGGCCUGCCUCGGCCACCUCCUCCGCAUACAAGGCAAGACGCUGGAGACGGGGGCCGAGGAGGACGAGGUGCAGCCUUUGUGCCAGCGCCUGAGCGCCCCAGACGCCGAGGCUCUGCUCCAGGCUUCCUCCAGACUCAGAAAGAUCGUCUGCAAACACAUCCCGCCAGCGCAGGCCACGGACUUCCUCUCUGCCGCCCUGGACGGGAUGCUGUUGGCCAGGUCCGCGUGUGCUCAGGCAGCGGGCGAGUGGCUGCUCACCUUCCUGGAGACGUGCGGGGGACAGCUAUUCACGGAGGUGCCAGAAAUCCUGAGCAUCAUUUACAUCCGGAUGCCGACCAUGCAGCAGGACACCCUCCGACAUUUCCUCUUGGAGGCGGUGUCCGUG